UAGCUCCGCACUGACAGAACCAGUCAGCCAACAUCAUUGGGACAUUCCGCACCGAAAGAGACUCAUAACUUCACCCAGGACAGGACACUAUUAGCUGCACCAUCUGAUAAGAGCUUGCGCUAGAGCGUAUCUGUGUUUAUUUUUUUACUUAGUGAAACGCUUCCAGUGUCAAUUUUGACAUUUGGCAGCCUAUUUGAACGCUGUAUGUGUUAAUUCCUCCAUUCAACCCUGGAUAUAACCGAUGRACUCACGACAUGUCGAGUUGUCUACUGGCAGUGGCACCUGAGUGGCGGUAACUUUCACGAUCCUCUCACGGUCUGCUAAUUAUUAGCCCAUACUGCCAGUGUAUACUUUGACGGCACGGAGGAGUUCACAAACCGAGGAUUACCUGUUGGAUACUUUUACUAGUGCUGUCACGGGGAAAGGUGAAACGGCAUGGCUGUGGACGCGGCCUCCAGUUUCAGUUUCUGCCGGCCUGCUGUGGAAUACAGAGCGCUGCCGGAGGACUUCAACCACCUGAGUCGACGGACGGGAGGGAACCUGACUUGGCAUGACGGGCGGGGUCAGAAAACAGCAGGGGGCCGGACAGUGAAGCUGCUCCAACAGCCUGGGACAGAGAAAUAUCAGCGCCGUUCAGGCGACUCCUAUGGAAUCUACCACACCAGCCCCACCCAGCCUAGUCUGAUCCGGCCUGUGGUGUUAUGGACUCAGCAGGACGUCUGCAGGUGGUUGAAGAAACACUGUCCUCACAACUACCUGACCUACGUAGAGGCCUUCUCUCAUCACGCCAUCACAGGCCGUGCUCUGUUGCGUCUGAAUGGAGAGAAGCUGGAGAGGAUGGGCUUGGUGCAAGAGACACUGAGGCAGGAGCUCCUACAGCAGGUGCUUCAACUGCAUAUGCAAGAGGAGGGACGAAACCUGCAGCUCCUUAGCAGAGGUGGCUCCUUUGGAAAUCUAUCGUAACAUAACAUUCCAUUUCUGACUGGGUUGUUUACAGUGAAAACUGGAAAGAUUAUAGAGCACUUCAACCAUGUACAAGCAGGGAGUCUGUACACCAGUCAGAAACUAGGACUGUAAUGUGAACCACAUGGAAACUAUUAACUCUGACGAGGACACAUGAGAUGAUCACAUGCCAUAUCCAACUCAGACAGAACCGGGGGAGAUGGAACACUCCCAAAUAUACAUACAGAACCGGGGGAGAUGGAACACUC